GUGAAGAGAGAGAAAAGGUGAAUCUAGUGAGAGAGUGGAAACCAGGGAAGGGCGUGAAGAGAAUAACGGAGAAUCUAGAGAGAGAAAGAGGUUGAAAUUCUUCAGAGCUCAAAAGGGGUUUUUAGAGAGAGAGGGGUACAGGAGCGGAAUUUCAGUUCAAAGGAGUACUUUAAGACUUUAGAGAAAAGGGAUUUUUAGAAAUAAAAGAGGGAAAAAGUUACAUAGGGUUUUGUGUGAGAGAGAGAGAGAGAGAGAGAGGAAGAAGGGGGAGAGGAAGCAACAGUGAAAGGUUUUCCGGCAUUCAUGUCGCCGGAAAAAUGGGCAGGAACCCUCCUCCUACUGCUCAUCAUUUCAUUUUCCGGCGUUUCAGGUGGAUUUGUGGGUGUAAACAUAGGAAUGGACCUCUCUUCCUCUCCAUCGGCGGAGGACAUCGCCGCCCUUCUCCGGUCGGAGGGAGUGACCCAUGUUCGCCUGUUCGAUGCUGAUCGCAAGCUCCUCGCCGCCCUUGCUGGCACUGGUAUCCAAGUCACUGUGGGGAUCCCCAAUACUGAACUCCUCCGCAUAGGGCAGUCCCCCUCCGCUGCCGCCGCCUGGGUGAACCUCAACGUGGCUGCACAGCUUCCGGACACCAACAUCACGGCCAUUGCAGUCGGCAGCGAGGUCCUUACCUCCCUCCCGAACGCCGCCCUCAUCCUCGUCCCUGCCCUGACCAACAUCCAUGCCGCCCUGGUCGCCUCUGCCCUCGACUCCCAAAUAAAAGUCUCGUCCCCUCAAGCAAUGGACAUCGUCGUCCAGUUCUUCCCCCCUUCCACGGCCUCCUUCAACCGCUCAAUCCUUCCCGUGCUGUCCCUGCUCUUGAACUUCUUGGAGAAGACAGAAGCCCCAUUCAUGCUCAAUGCGUACCCUUACUAUGCAUAUUCCGACGCCAAGGGCAUCUACCCGCUUGAAUUCGCCCUCUUUCGGGACCUUCCUCCAGCCCAGCGGAUUGUUGACCCCAACUCCGACCUCCCAUAUGACAACCUGCUCGACGCGAUGAUCGAUGCCGUCUACCACUCCAUGGAGGCUCUCAAUCACACCCACACUCCCAUUAUCUUAACAGAGUCGGGCUGGCCUCACGGCGGGGACUCCAGUGAGCUCGAUGCCACACCGGGCAAUGCCAUUAUCUACAAUACCAACUUGAUCAACCAUGUGCGUGGGGGCGGGGGCACACCUGGACGUCCAGAAUCUGAAGUGAGUGUUUUUGUAUACGAAAUGUUCGAUGAGGACCUGAGGCCAGGGCCUAUGUCCGAGAAGAGCUUGGGUGUGAUUUACCCGAAUUUGACAGCAAUUUACCCUUUGCAAUUGGGCAGUGGAGGGGCAUUGGCAGCGAAUCCCUCCUCUGCUUUGGGGGUGAGCGGCCUUUAUUGUGUAGCGACGCCGGGGGCGGAUGCCCUGGCGCUGAAGACCGGACUAGAUUGGGCGUGUGGGCCGGGGCUGGCAAACUGCACUGCCUUACAGGAAGGACAGCCCUGCUACAAUCCGAACACCUUGGAGAACCAUGCUUCUUAUGCCUACAACGAUUAUUACCAGAGGUCGUCCAGCUCAGGGGGGACCUGCAACUUUAAUGGCACUGCCACCACCACCUCCAUUGAUCCCAGUUAUGGAACGUGUGUUUUUACCGGAAGUUCAAAAUCGAGUGGCGGAGGCGGAAGCAGCGGGGGUGGCGUUUUGGGGCCUACCACUAGCCCGGGCGGGCUGAGCAACGGGUCUCCUCCCAGAAUUAGGGUUUCAAGGAGCGCGUUUCUUGUAACGUUUUUCCUUGCCCUGUUCCACCACUGCUACUGAAGAGGCACUCAUCCAUUAUUAGUGGGAGAGAGAGAGGGGAAGAGGGGCAAAAUUUUGGCAAAAGGUAUCAUAGUAAGUAAUAGGGUUUAAUGUGUAUGUAGUAUUGGUCUUAGUCGAUAUGUUAAAUGUACGUUGAAAAUUCAUGUAUGCAAUAAGAUUUAGGUGGGGAUUUCAAUCACCAGAUUUGGAUAA